AUGAGACUCAUAAACACACAUACUCUUCAGCUUGAGUUUUAUUCUGGCGGAUCACGUCGGUAUGCCAUCCUAUCCCACGUCUGGGGUGAGGAUGAGGUCACUUUCCAAGAUGUUGCUUCUGGUGAUCCCGAGGAAGCGCUUCAUCUUGAACGUUAUAGCAAGCUACGCGAGAGCUGUAGAAUGGCACGCUCUCUUAAGCUGGACUAUUUAUGGAUAGAUACUUGCUGUAUCGAUAAAAGUAGCAGUGCCGAGCUUUCGGAAGCUAUCAACUCGAUGUUUCGUUGGUAUGCUGAAUCGACCAUCUGUAUCGCCUUUCUUGAAGACGUUCCCUCCUCAGAGUCUGAAGAGGAAUGGAGAAAGACAUUUUUAAACAGCCGUUGGUUUACCAGAGGCUGGACACUUCAAGAGCUCAUCGCACCAGGAAAGGUCAUCUUUUACGGACGAGACUGGCAGCGGCUGGGUAGCAGAGCUGAGCUCAAAGAAGACAUAAAGAGUGCCACUGGGAUCAAUUACGAGCUUCUCGAUACAACACAUCAUAUGGCGGAGAUCAGGCAAAGUCAGCUUGGUGAGUUUUCUGUCGCUCAGAAGAUGUUCUGGGCUGCUGGGCGUGAAACAACGAGGCCAGAAGACAUCGCUUAUUGCCUUCUGGGUAUAUUCGAUAUUAACAUGCCUUUGCUCUACGGGGAAGGUCAAGUCAAAGCUUUCAAGCGGUUACAAGAAGAGAUCCUUAAAUCUACCGAUGAUGAGUCUAUUUUUGCUUGGCGGCAGCCUCGAUAUCGGGUCGAUGGGAAAACGUAUUGGAGCCUUCUGGCAAACAGCCCUUCCGCUUUCGAUCUCGGCCAGACCUCAAAAGAUCUCAAUGGCAUGGUGCCUCAGAUAUCCAAAUACCUAUCUCUUAGGUCUGGAAGUUCAAUGUCUAUGACAAACCGUGGCCUGGAUUUAGAGCUUCCAUUAACACCGUUCCCAAUUGAUACGUCAGGGACCAUUUUCUUGGCCUUCUUGAAUUGCGAGUUUCGAAGGGGCCAGACAUCCAUCAACCCGGCUAUCCUCCUUCAGAGGGCAGCGUGGGACAGAAACUCACAUUUUGUGCGAAUUCGACCAGACAUAUUAGCGUUGUCCAUGAUGAACAGCAUCAUUCUUCCUGAUGAACUCUUGAACAUGAUACGGAGUGGUCAAAACGAUGUUUUGCAAGAGGCCAUUCCGCGACAGAUCUUCGUGCCACAUAGUACUCCGGGCCUACGAUAUUUGAAGGGUGUGAUAUUUCGCCCGGAGAUAAAGGGUCUUGCAAAGGAGAGUAAGAUGGUUGUCAGACACCUGGUCCUUCGCUUGGAUCAUUACAAGCAUCCAUCGUUCUGGGAGUGUUGGAGCUUGACCUAGGCAGUUCAGAUUCCACGCAGUGCUUGGUCAUGGGAUUAGAGCCCUUGCCCCCAAACCCGUUUCAAACGAUGCCUCUUUACUUCUCACCGUGGUACGCAUUUGAAGAACAUACUUGGAUUGCAAAUCAGGACUUUUCAAGAGUUUUGGACAAAACAC